CAAACACACUUUACCUUUGCUUUUUUUGUUUAGAUUAUUUAUCGCUGAAUUAUAUAUAUAUAUACUCACCACCUACACACACACAUAUAUAUAUAUAUGAUAUAGUUCUAGGCAAUGGCUGACGAUGAUGAUAAACCCAAGAGGCAUACGCUCGAUUCGCUCUUUCACGUUUAUUGCAAUCACAAGGUACUCAAUGCCGCUGAACUGGAGAACGAGGAGUUCAACAGCAUACUGCUCUCACAGCUGGACAGCUGGUUGCAGCAAGCCAAGUUAAUGCCACAUCCGAUCACGCGAACCCAAACUGGACUUAUCUACAUGCGUUACAAAAAGUGGCGACUGGAAUAUGAAGAUUUUCUCGAGGUGCUGCAGCAGCUGUGCAGCGAUACCGAUCUCAACUAUGACGAGUUCAAAGAGACCAUGGUUGCAGCUGGUCCCCCAACCGGAGGCACCGAUAUCGUCGUAGUCAAGUAAUCUUUGUGUUGUGUUGUACUCUUGCCAUUUAAUUAACAAAUA